AUGCAAUCAGCCCCAGGAGCUCCACGACCAUCACGACUCACGAAAUGGUGGCCCAUCGGCUUCUUCAUUGGCGCCAUUGUUUGUUUCAUCAUCGGCGGUGCUCUCGUUGGAAAAUGGACCUCCCACUCAUACGAUCACUGCUCUUACAGCAGCUCGUACUACAGCUCCUACUAUUCCAGCUACUCUUGUAGCAAUACCAAUAUGGGCGAGUUCUAUGGCGCUGUUGCUAUGUUUGUGAUCGGUGGUGUGCUCCAGCUCACUGCGUGGAUUCUACUCAUCAUCUUCUGCGUCAAGCGCAACCGCCACAGCCACCAUACCGUCACAUACUCUUACGUCGCGCCUCAACCUACCUACUCCCCUGCGCAUCAGUCUGCUCAGUUCCCUCAUUCCCCUGAGAUGGUGAACUCGUCUGCCCCUGGUACGCCUCCGAAUGAGACCAAUGCAACGGCAAGCGCUGCCAAGUACUGUACCCAGUGCGGAACCACUCUUUCUGGCCGAUUCUGCCCGCAAUGUGGUUCCUAG